AUGCGUCGCCCCGUUCCAAAAGCAACUCCGCUGCCCGGAUGUAAGGUCAUCUCGGACUGGAACGACCUGUCUACCCCAUAUGUAAGGGUAAUCAACGUAGUCGUACCGGACGACCCGGGCUCACAAGGCGAGUCUAGGGUCGAAACCGCAAAGGUACGGACUACCGAGGUUAACGGACCGGAGGUCCCGGGCUCACAAGGCGAACCCGAGGACGAAGAAGAAGAAAAGCCGAUGGAGUCCAAUAAGGAGUUAGGCAGACUGCAACUCCGGGACCCUCACCUCCGGAAAAAGAUCGAUGAGCUGGAAAACCAGGACCAGCUGGACCACAAGUCGCCAUUGUUGGAACAUUACCAAAUGAGCGGAGGCCUAUUGUACCGGCUGACCACCCACAACACCAAGUUGGAACGACGGUUCGUGGUCCCGCUCUUCAUGCGAAAAGGCAUCAUCCGAGCACUUCACGACGGAAAAACCGGCAACCACUUCGGCCGCGUGAAGACACUGGAGGCAGCGAAGCUUCGGUACUACUGGGACCGGAUGCUAUCCGACAUUCACGACUACGUGGAUAACUGCCCCCGGUGUACCUUGGUGACCAAGCCUCGGACUAAACCACCCGGUAAACUCCAGAAGAUGGAGGUCGGUGAACCAUGGUUCCGAAUCUACGCGGACUUUAAAGGACCUUUACCUCGGACUGAGUCGAAAGGAUACCAAUAUAUCGCGGUCGUUACCGACCAGUUCACCAAGUUCACCAUAGCCCGAGCGACCAAGACUAACUCGGCAAAGGAGUUCGAAAAAUUCUUCGUGGAGGAUGUCGUCUUGAAAUACGGCAUGCCGACCCACCUCCACACCGACCAAGGAUCCCACUUCACGGCUAAGACCUUCGCCAAAGUGGCCAGGAUCUUCGGGAUCGAGCAUACCUUCGGAACAGCCUACCACCCAGAGGGUCAAGGCCAAGUCGAACGUUCCAUGCAGACGAUCUGGGACGGAAUUCGGAAGGAAUGCGACGCCAAGGAUGGUCACCGAUGGCACCGGAACCUACAGUACGUAGUAUGCGGAAUCAACCGAGCCAAACAUGCGACCACCGGGUUCUCACCCUACUACAUGCUGUACGGACGUGAGAUGACCAUACCUCAGGACGUCAUCACCGGAACCAACGCACCGGAACACUACACCGACAAGGAACAAUACAUCAGAAGGAUGAAGGAACGGCUCCGGAGGGCUCACGACAUCGCGAAGACAAAUAUCGACGAAGCCUUCCAGAAAGCAGCCGAACUCUACAACAAGAAGAAAUCCAUACCGGACUUCCAGAAGAGAGACCUCGUCCUGGUAGAGUAUCCCAAUAAGGAUCCUACCAGGAAGGAACGGUACGAUGGAGUAUGGACGGUACUCAACUAUAAAGGACCCAACAACCUUUGGCUCCGCAACGUCGAAACCGGAAAGGAAGAUGUUGUCGCCGUGGAUAGAUGUAAGCAUCAUCCAAGCAACAAGCGUCGGCGGAUCACCCGAUCUUACGGCCAGAAGAAAUCCGAGGUAUCCCCGGGUAAUAACCUUGCAACGGUGCCGUACCCCCAUGAGGGUCAGCCCGCUCGCAAUACCCGGGCCCGAAAGGCUAACUCAACCGAAAAGAAGCCAAAGGAACCGACAAAGGAGCCUCAGAAACCGGACUUAACGUCGGUUCAGGACCCCAAUAAGGGUCCGUCCGACAAACUAAGUCCAGUGGAACCCUCCAAACCAAAAGGAAAACGUGGCCGACCGAGGAAGAAGCCUCCGUCGGACUUCGAGACACCAGCCCUGCAGGAACUGCAGAAGCAGGCUGUGAUAGAGGAUGAACCCGAGGCCAUCCCGGAGAAACCCAAGGACUUAGCCGGAUCAUCCGAGGCUAACCCGAAGAAGUCAGUGGACUUAGCCGCAAAACCCGAGGCUACCUUAACCAAGCCUGAGAAGCUUAAGGUACCGAAGGAGAAGCCGGUAAAAGCGACGAAACCGGUGAAGAAGCGACCCGACACACCGGUCCCGACAAUCCCAACCGAUAAGACAGUUGAACCCUCGGCUCCAAAGCGGAAGUACGGGACGGUUAAGAAGCCUAAGUUAACGGCUCAGGAAGUACUUGAAGAAGCUCAAGUGGCCGAAGACGAGGCACACAAGGACAUCCUCGACAGGAUCGCUGAAGGACGGGCAGAACCGGUCAAAUCGACCAAACCCACAAAGAAGCCCAAAACAUCAAAACCCACCACACCACAAACAUAG